UGUGUCUGUGUGUGUGUGUGAGAGAGAGAGAGAUUGAGAGAGAGAGAGAGAGAGAGAGAGAGAGAGCGUAGCCAGCAGAGCAUACGUACAAACUGAGAGUAGAGCAGUGUCCUCGUGUCAGAGGGAGUGAGACCUCUCGACUGCUGAAGACUCCGAGCUCCACGGCGGACCGUCCCACCGACAGCAUGUGCAGCAGGGCGGACAAGGCGGGCUACCCCCCUCCCCUGCCCCUGAAGCAGCGCAGGAGCGCCAACUCAGGAGGCUCCAGCACGGGGUCCAGCGCAGAUCUGGAGCUGGAGGCGGGGGAGAGGUACAGCCUCCUGGGGUCCCCGUACGAGGCCACCCCCACCCCCCUCCCGGACGUCUUCUCCUCGUCCAUCGACUGCCACGCGCCGCGGUGCCCGAUACAUCACAGCGACGGUCAUCAGGAGAGAUUUUUUUCGGAGAGCACCCCGCCGCCGGUCCCCAAAAAGAGACUGGCUCGAGCUGUGUCCUUACCGGGGGGGUGUCUCCACCCCCAGUGCUCCCUGCCCUCCAGACACCAAAACUACGACAACCCCCUCUACAUGCUGGCCCCCAUCAGAGACCAGAGCCAGCUGGAGGUGGAGAGAGAGAGCCAGAAGCCGACGUUCCAGGCCCCGCCCCCUCCUCGCCUGCCCCUGGGACUCCUGACCUUCGACACGCCCGACCCGCAGCUGCCCCGCUUCUUCGGGAGUCUCCAGGACCAGGAGCGGGUCUCCUCGGCUAUCCAAGAGUGCCACCUGCUGUUCCUGAAGCGCAUCGCGCGGCAGCUGGAGACGCUGCCUCUCGGCUGGGCGGAGUCCGCGAAGGGGAUCGAGUCCUCCCAGCCUCAGGAAUUCCGGCUUUGUGAGGGUCGCCCGUCGAGAAAGAUAGGGGAUGCCGUUUUCUACUCCGUCCGUUGCCCACAGUUGCCUGGGAGGGUGUUUUCAGCCAAGGUUUACAGGCCAAACAGCAAAGCCGCUGCAGGAGCCCUUUUGAAGCCCCUGCCGCCCCACGUCAAUAUUCAGCAGCUCUUAGUGCAUUUCCCACAAUGCCCCGGGCCGGAGAGAGACGUCAGCGCCGAGGAUCGAAUGUCCCUGGAGUCGCCACACGGUGGCAGCGCUGAGCAGGGAGAGUCUCCCGAGCGCCAGGGCCGCACGGUGGCGUCGCUGCUGUCGGACGGCUACGCGGCGGACGUCGAGCGCGAGCUCCCCGGCGGGACGCUCGAGGACUUCGUCCGCGACGGAGCCGCCCUCCGCCGCGCCCAGCCUCAGCUGUACGAGCGGCAGCUCGGCCUCCUGCUGCUGCAGGUGGCCCGGGGCCUGCUGCACCUGCGCGAGCACGGAGCCGCCUGCGCAGAGCUGCAGCCGCGCGACGUCAUACUGGCCUGGCCCGGAACCGGGAACGGGAACGGGGGAGGAGCGGAGGGAGGGAUGGAGGGAGCGGGCGAGAGAGGCGCCGCAGAGGGAGGGGCCUGCGGAAGAACCGAAGGACUGGAAGGUGGGGUGGAGAUGGAGGUGGGGACGGGGGCGGGGGCGAGGGAGGGGGAGAAUCUGGGCGCACCCGUACAGGAGCUGUGGAAAAGAUGGGGCCCCCCACGGGCGGCGCUGACUGGGUUCCAGCCUCAGUCCGAGCGCGAGGCCAGCGGCGACUCCGACGCGGUCCGGCUCGGCCGUCUGCUGCUCCUCUGCCUGCAUCACCUCCCGGAGACCCCCGUCCCGCCGCCGGACCCGAGACCCUCCGGCUGGGACCCCCCCCAGGGGCCCCCCCCGUCCCCGUCCCCCGGCGGGCUGCUCCGGCUGGCCCACCUGCUCCUGGACCCGGAGAGCGGGGUGCGGACGGCGGAGGCCGCCGGCGUCCUGCAGGUCCUCCUCUGGGGCCCGCGGGCGGAGCUCUUCCUGCAGGGCCCGCCCGGCGCCUCCUGGCCCGCCCUGCUGGCCGGCUGGCUGUCGCUGAAGCGCUCGCUGCUGCUCCAGGAGCUCUCCGAGCUGGCGCUGUCCGGCGCCGGGGGGCGGCCCGACCGCGAGGACGUCCUGUGCCUGCAGUACCUCUCCGCGGCGGAACCCGGCGCCGUGCUGAAGAUCGCCGCCCUGCUGGGGCUUCACCACACCGCGCCCUAACUACGUCUACAGCUGCACAAGUGACUUUACUCACGUUCCUGGCUCUCGUAUAUCACAAUUUUCGAUAAAAAAUUAUUUCCCACUCAUCACAGGAUUUAUUAAAUGUUUUUCUCAAAAAUACUUUCCUUCUCGUAGCAAUUCUCACCUUUAGGUGUACCUACAAGGAAGUGAACCCUUGUGAGCCUAAAGACUACAUACACUUUCAUCAGCUGAGUAUAUACUGAAAGAAGCAUUUCAAUUAUACCCAAUUACAACUGUUGCAAUCCUGAGUUUGCAUUUCAUGCUGAUCUGUCAACUGAAUAAUUAAACAGAAAAUUCUGGAAGUGAA